ACUCACUCAUUCACUCUACAAUUGUGAUCUUCACAAAUCAACAACGUCUCUCUCUGUUACUCUGAAAAUUGACUUCAAGUUAGUAUAACUGGCUGUCAAGUUGUAAUGGCAUUGGUCUCUGGAAGAAGUUCUGCACUGAACCCAAAUGCACCUCUAUUCAUACCUGCUGCUCUUCGGCAGGUGGAGGAUUUUUCACCUCAAUGGUGGGAUCUUGUGAAAUCUUCAACAUGGUUUCGUGAUUAUUGGUUGAGCCAACAUAAGGAGGAAGAAUUUGAAGUUGCCAAUGACUCUAGUAAUGAUGAUAUUGAGAAUAUGCUCUCAGAAACUUUUGAUCUAGGCAUGGAAGAAGACUUCAAUGUUCUAGAGAACGAGUUUGAGCAGUUGGUGAUGUCCUCUGAAGCUCUAGAUCAUUCUGAUCCUAAUGCUGGAAAAGUGUCUCCUCAGGGUCUUAACAAAGAUGUUAAAGCUAUUCUUAUUAACUUGACACCAAAAUCACCAAGGGAAAGGGGUCCCAAGUCCCUGUCUGGGCUUGCAAAGCACCUCGAGAAGCCAGCACAGCAUGUGAAUGCGAAGUGUGUCUCUCUCCGAAUUCACCAACCUCGUUGAGGAAAACAUUUGAAGCUCAUAGUGAUAGCUUGCUAGAGCUGCAAGUUGCUGACUAGAGCAUGAGAUCUGUUGAAAGAAUUUUUGUAUAUAGAGGGUGCAAUGUUCUUGUAUUUUUCUUGUUUAUGGUCUUGUAUAUUUUGAUGGAGCCCUCGGAACUGUAGGUAGGUAAGACUUUAAUUCUGACCAGCCAAAAUUCGGGUAUGUCUAUGGUUGAUGAACUUAAAUCUCUUUUUUAAAUAAAUGUUACAUGGCAUGGAAGUGUGUGGAUGUAAGUUUUAGGUGUCUUUAGUUUAAUGUGGCAAUUGGAGUAUACUUUUCAAGCCUUGUGAUUUGCAUUUAGAGUGAUAAUGAUAUUGUAGCUGCUUUUUUCUUGUACAAACACCUAUCCAUUGUGUGGCCAAGCCAAAUUCAGUAACAAUUUCCCUACUUUUAAAAAUGGAACAA